CACCAAGCAAACAAGGAAAAAAGCAACUGCCGUUACUCUGACCGUCCCUCGUUUUUCUUCUUCGUAGCUUUUUUUAUUCUUUUUUCGACGCACACGAGGCCUCUCUAUAUAGAUAAUAUAUAUAUAGUUAAAUGAUUUAUUUUCUAAAUUUUGGUUCGUAAUUUCAUUUAGUUUUUGGUCCGGAAACUCUUCGCAAUUAAACUAAUUGAUUAAAGUUUAAAAGCGGAUUAAUUUAUCACCAUCAUCCUCGCUCUCUUCUCCAUUUCGUUUCUUUCAGGAGAAGCAGAAGAACGAAAGCUUUGUUAUGGCGGCCGGAGAUUUCUCUCUCUGAAAUUCUUUCUUGAAUUUUAAGGGAAUUCAGAGAGUUCAGGAAUACUUGUAAAGUUAAAAGCAUGGUUGCAGUGAACAUCAAAGGUUCAAGAUUAAAGUAGGAAUAGCAUGAAAUUAAUUGUUCCAGAGUUCCUGCUUUGAAUUAUAAGGAGGGAAGCCUUUUAGUAUGGAUAAAGAAGAAGAAACUGGUAGCCCUAGUUGGGGUGCUUCGUUUUUCGCACAAACGGAAGAUGUUGCUAGAGCAGUUGCUGCUGUAGCAGCCGCUGCUACUGCCACUCAUUCUCCGAGGCCAUCUGUUGUAUAUUCAUCGAACGAUGAUGGUGGUAAUAGCCCACUUAAAAGACUACAACGCCAUGUUACGAAUGUGCUAAAAGGUUUCUCACAUCCUCCUGAAGUGAAACGUGGAACCUACAAUCCAGAAGUUCUGACUAGCCAGAAGCGCCAAUGGGCAAGCUUUCAGUUGCAGUACUUGGAUCAUAGGUCUUUAAAGCUGCCGACAAGGCUUUUCGAGAGCAUGGUUGUUUUGGGGCUUCACCCAAAUUGUGAUAUUCAGGCACUUCAAAGGCAAUAUAUUGCAAGAAAGCAUGAGGGUUUAGGAAGAUUGCGUAGUUCACGUAGUAGUCAGAAUUUCUCUCGUGUGGAACCCAAUCUUGAACCUCAGGUGUUAUUUGUUUACCCUCCGGAAAAGCAGGUGCCUCUUCAAUACAAGGAUCUCCUUUCAUUUUGCUUCCCUGGAGGCGUAGAGGUUCAUGCUGUUGAGAGAACUCCUUCUAUGAGUGAGUUGAAUGAAAUUCUUUUGGGGCAGGAGCAUUUUAAACGGACCGAUCUGUCCUUUGUAUUCCGGUUACAGGUUGCUGAUGAUUCAACAUUGUAUGGAUGCUGCGUGUUAGUGGAAGAGCUAGUGCAAAAACCUUCUGGAUUGCUUUCCAUGAUAGCAGAGAAACAUCCUUCUCGCCCCUCCUUGAGUCGCCAUAUAUUAACCACUAAGAGAUGCUAUUGCAUUCUCUCAAGGGUUCCCUCAUUUGAAUUACAUUUUGGUGUAUUGAAUAGCAUCUUCACAGAAGAAAGGUUGGAACGAUUAACAAAAGGUAUUGAUCUUUUAGAUUUAGAAACCCCAAAGGAUUAUGGCAAUGGCGAAAUUUUAGAAGAAAAUACAGAAGAAACUUCACACAGCGUAUCACUAAGUAGUAGAACCGAGGAGAACAUGGUGAAUAGAACAGCAGAGUUUUCUCAAUCAAGUUUAAAAGAUUCUUCAUUUGGGAGAGUUGCAGAUAAUGGCAUUCACGUAGAGAAUCAAAUACUUGAUGGGGAUUUUAACUUGUUGAAGGGAAGGGUGAUUGAAAACGUUGUUGUUCCAAUUGAUCCUGAAACCAAGACGCCCAGUUCCAAGAGAGAAUCUGAUGUUGCAAAUGCUGAAGUUUCUGAGGUCUAUGUUGAUGAUUUCUCUGCAAACAAGCAAACUGUAGAAAGGCGAUUACCAAAUGCUGUUCUACCUCUCCUGCGUUAUUAUCAGUAUGAAAGCUCUGAAUCUUCCUCCAGUGUUUUAUGCAGUUUUCAGGGCUCUCCUAGCGAGGACAGAAAUUUUAGGAGUGAUGUUGAUGAUACAGAGACGGAAGAGGCAUCUUUCUCUGGCCAAGAUGAUUCCGACCUCAUUGAUAUUCUUGAAUGGGCUAAGGCAAACAAUCAUGGAUCAUUACAGAUAAUAAGUGAGUACUACCAAUUACGUUGCCCUGCUAGAGGUUCCACUGUUAGAUUUCAUCCUUUGGAGCACUUGCAUCCCUUGGAAUAUCAUAGACCAGAAACAACCGUUUUACAUAUUGCUGGCUCAACCAUCGAUUUGAGGUCGUGCAGUACAAGUCUAGAAUUUGCUGAGGCACAGGGUGCACUCUCGGUUGAGGAGGAAGCAACUGCAUUAUCAGUAUGGGCUAUUGCAUGCAUAUGUGGCUCCUUACGGCUUGAAAAUGUAUUAACAUUGUUUGCAGGAGCACUGUUGGAGAAGCAGAUUGUAAUUAUUAGUUCCAAUUUGGGUAUCUUAUCUGCCUCAGUAUUGUCAAUUAUCCCUCUGAUCCGUCCCUACCAGUGGCAAAGCCUGCUAAUGCCGGUUUUACCAAAUGACAUGCUGGACUUUUUGGAUGCACCUGUCCCUUACAUAGUUGGUGUGAAGAACAAAACAAAUGAAGUGCAAUCAAAACUAUCCAAUGUAAUUCUAGUUGACGCAAACAAGAACCAGGUGAAGUCACCAACACUACCUCAGUUACCACAACAUAAGGAAUUAUUUUCAUCCUUAAGUCCUUAUCAUGCAAAGCUUGUGGGAGAGAGUUUUUUGGCUAGGAAAAGGCCAGUGUAUGAGUGCACAGCUGAACAGGUUGAAGCUGCCAAGGGUUUCCUAUCAGUGUUAAGAACUUACUUGGAUUCUCUGUGCUCUAACCUCCGUUCACACACAAUUACAAAUGUACAGUCGAAUGAUGAUAAGGUAUCCUUACUUUUGAAGGAGAGUUUCAUCGACUCGUUUCCUAGUCGUGAUCGACCAUUUAUGAAGCUUUUUGUGGACACUCAGCUCUUUUCUGUACAUACGGAUCUUGUUCUCUCUUUCUUCCAGAAGGAAUAGUCCUAAUCUGAACAUACGCCUUGCUGAGGUCUGGCAGUGAGUUAUAUUUUCCUGUUGUAACCUGAACGUAAGUUCGGUAUAAUGUCAAAUUAUUAAGUGACAUAAUAUUCAAGAACUCAAUCUGGCUUCUUGAAAUGGCACUUCUCUUCUCCAAAUGAAAGUUGCCUGCUUUGCGUCGCGGCAUUCUGUAUCAUGAUGAACUUGUAUUCCAGCAUAUGAGAGAACUCGCAGAAUUCUGGUAUCCCGCUUGAAGUGUAAAUAGUAAUUUUGUUUUAUUUACUUGAGUUAGUAAAACAUGACUCUGUUUCACCGUUCCGAUUUAAUAAAAAUGUAGUGGUUGGUUAUUGAGA